AUGGGCGCGAACGAAUCCAAGGGUGCGACGGCGACGCGGUGGGGCGCGAAGGGCGUGGCGAUCGGCAUUUUCGCGUACGUGGGGGUGGUUCCGAAGCUCAUCGCCCCGUCGAUGUCGGAGCCACUGGUUGAGCGGCUGUCGUCGUUCGGCGGGCGGGUCGCGGUGACGGGGAUCGGCGUGAUGGAGCUGGCGGCGAUCGUGCUGCUGCUGAUCCCCGGCACGGCUCGUUUCGGCGCGUUGCUGGGGGUGGCGAUGAUGCUCGGCGCGGUCGGGGCGCACUUCGGGCCGGUGGGGUUCGAGGGGGACUUCGCGGGUGUGUUCGCGAUGGCGCUGGUGGCGCUUGCGGCGUCGGUGGUGGCCGCGGUGCUGGAGUGGAAGCGCCAUGCGUCGGGCGGUGGUGUAUCGGACGUGCGCUGA